GUUUGAUCAAUCUGGCCCAGCCGCGACUUCUUAGGUCAUCCCACGGGCCUCCUCCACCCAGGGUUGUCUCGAACAGAGACACUCUGGUGGCCAGGAUCAUCAUGGUGGGAAACAAGCCAGUCCCGCCGAAUGCACCUCAAGAACCCGUUACUAAAGGCAUCAGACGAGAUUCCAUGGCACCAGAUAGUGUCCAGAUUUCACUACCUUUAUGCCAUGUUUGCGCAUUCCUCGUGGGCACAUCUGGCACCAUCAUGCUAGCUGCCCCGCCCCUCCUGGCCGCCGAUUGGUUCCCUCCGCGGGAGAGAACCACUGCCACGGGUAUCCCACAGAAGAACAGAGUCUAUCAAGCCCUCAAGUGCUUUCUGGAGGGUCCUCCAUCUAGUGCUAACGAGGAUGUAGUCGAUCUCCUUGGCAUCAUUACCUCCGUUCCGAUCGUGGCCAACCAGCUGGGUACCGCUCUGAGCUACCUGGAGGCCCUUGCUGUGCGGGCUCCGGGGGGUGCAGUGACUCCUGCUGACAUCAGAAGUGACGUCACUACACUCCUUUCUGUAGAGGCAGGUAUAGCUGCAACAUUGCUGGUGAUGACGGUAGCCUACUUUCCCUCCCGCCCGCCCUCCCCUCCCUCCAUUACCUCCGCCGCCCCCCGCCUGGAGUACCGCGCUGCCCUCGCAGCGAUUGUCAGAAACCGCGACGCGCUGCUGGUGUUCGCGUCGUACGGCCUGUCCAGCAUCCCGUGGGAGGCCGUCCUCAGCUACUACCUCUCGUCCCUCGGCAUCCAGCAGGAAGAGGCCUCGUGGCUGGGGGUCGUCGCCGUGGUCUCCUCGGCCGCCGCGGGCCUCCUCGCCGCCCGACUCACCGACCUGCUCUACGGCCACGCCCUCACCUGCGUGCUGGCGCUCAUGCUCACCUCCGUCGGGGCGCUCUACUGGCUCUGCCUGCUCUCGUGGGGCACCGUCCCCGCGGCCAAGUGGCAAGUUUACGCGUCCGUGAUUGGCGGAAUGGCAGUGAACUUCGGCGCGACGCCCCUGUUCGUGGAGCUGGCGGUGGAGCUGGCGUAUCCGUGCCCCGAGGGCGUCGUCACCGGCUUCAUGGUGGCUGUCCUUAACUUCACCGGCGCCGUUUUUCUAUUCUUGUUUUUCAUACCCAAUAUUGGAUACUCUUGGGUGGUCUACUACCUGCUGGGGUCGUGCGUGGCGUGCGCCCUGCCACUCCUGCUGGUGCGGGAGGACUACGCCAGGUCCUCCAUCGACCGCCGCCGCCGCCUGGGUCGCCCCCUUGAGGGAGACGCUGACUCUCGCGCUUGUUAAUUGUUAUAGAUUGUAUAUCGGUUGGAUUUAAUAUAUCGAGCUUUA